ACUCGAUCCCGGCCCCACUUCCAGGCCAGUGUCCGGCCGACCAGCCUGCCUCAGGCCAGGGCCCCACGACUCCCUGUUGUGGGACAAGGGGCUGUCUGUGCAGCUGUGGUCGUGGGAGGGUGUGCUGAGGCCGUGAAGGUGGGGACGGUGCCUGGGCCUGUGGCCGCCAGAGCUGCUGAGGCUCAGGAGGUAGCACCAGGCCCCGUGGGUGCUGCCGGGGCCAUCGCCUGCCCACCAUGGGGACCCUCAGCUGCGACCCCGCCGCACGGUUGGCCACAGCCCCCCUUGGCCGGGGAGUGACGGACGGCCAGAUUCCGGAGAGCGGCCUGAGGAAGGCCUGUCGGACGGCCACCCCGGAGAACGGCUCAGGGCCAGGCUUGUACGUCCUGCCGUCCACCGUGGGCUUCAUCAACCACGACUGCACCAGGGUGGCCGGUCCCGCCUACUCGCUCGCCCGGAGGCCCAGUGAGGCACCACCUCAGGACACCAGCCCGGGCCCCAUCUACUUCGUGGACCCCAAAGUCACACGCUUUGGCCGCAACUGCACCCCUGCCUACUCCAUGCAGGGCCGGGCCAAGUCUCGGGGUCUGGAGGUGACACCAGGCCCUGGGGCCUACAGCCCAGAGAAGGUGCCCCCCGUGCGCCAUCGGACACCGCCAGCUUUCACCCUGGGCUGCCGCCUCCCUCCUAAGCCCCCGGACACCUCAGCCCCUGCCCCUAAUGCCUACACCAUGCCCGCUUUGUGGGGCUCACAGAUCUUCACCAAGCCCAGAAGCCCCAGCUACACGGUGGUGGGCCGCACACCCCCGGUGCGCCCCCCGCAGGAUCCUGCCGAGAUACCAGGCCCGGGCCAGUACGACAGCCCGGAUGCCAACACCUACCGCCAGCGCCUGCCCGCCUUCACCAUGCUGGGGCGGCCCCGGGCCCCGCGCCCCCUGGAGGAGACCCCUGGCCCAGGCGCCCACUGCCCAGAGCAGGUCACUGUGAAUAAAGCCAGGGCUCCAGCGUUCUCUAUGGGCAUCCGCCACUCAAAACGGGCCAGCACCAUGGCCACCGCCACGCCCUCCAGGCCUUCGGGGCACAGGCUGCCCGGCUGCUGCUGCUAGGCCAGGCUUGUUCCCCACACGGUGAACGGGGGCGUGGGCAGGCCUCUCCUGGGGCCUGGCUUUGUUGGAGGGGCUAGGAGAAGCCGAGAGGGACUGGGAAAGGAGUCUUUCUUCCCCAUUCCUGAACUGUCUGGGUCCUUCUAGGACACCUGAUCCUUCCAGUCCCUGGGGGCUGUGACCCGUGGCCCUCUGCAGGGCGCAGGGUGAGUCUCCUUCCAGUGCCCCAGUUUCUUCCAGUUUCUUCCAGGUCACACCAGGCCAGGCCAGGCCAGGCGGGGAAAGGGACACCUUCCGGCCCUACCCAGUCGCUGGCUGGAGACGGAGCUUCCUGUGUCCUAGAACUCGGCGUCCAGCCCCACUAGGGCCUGGGUCCUCAUCACAGCUUGGGUU